UUAUUUCAAUUAUUUCGGCUUGAGUUGACUUUUCAAUUCUCAUGAAAUGAAAGAGAAGCACUUUCAGCACAAGGAGUGGAAUUCCACUUCUAAUUCCACUUCUGUGUACUCCUAUACCAGUUUAGCAUUCAUGAUAGAAAGUUUUAGCAUUCCUGAAAGAUCACUGAAGAAUCAGACAUUGGAGCCAGGUAUGGACAAUGUUGGGAGUAUAAUGGACAUUGUGGAGAGGUUCAAUAAUUUUGACAGCCUUGAUGAUAAGAUGAACAGAAUGAAAAGAAAACUGAUAGAACUAGAAAGUAAAGAAUAUGAUAUCAGUGAAGAGCUAAAAUAUGCGGAGUCGUUGUUGUUAAAGAAACGGAAGAGAUCUGUUGAAAAUUGGUUGAGAAAUGUUGAAAGCAUAAAAAGCCAAGUUCAACAAAUAGAACAAAAAGUAGAAGAAAGAAAAUGGCACACAAAUUUACUGCUGAGGAAUAGUGUAGAUACACUUAUAACAGAAGUAAGAGAACUUAUUGAGCAGAGUAACUUUGCUGAAGGACUCACUCUUGAAGCAUAUGAGAACAAUAGAGAAGUUGCAUUGCUAACAAGAAAAUUAGUGGGCCAAAAGUUUCAACAAAACAAGAACAUGAUUUGGGAAUGGUUGAUGAAUGAUAGCAUCUCGAUCAUUGGCAUAUAUGGAAUGGGAGGAGUUGGGAAAACGACCCUUGUUACACAUAUUUACAACCAACUUUGUAACCAUUCAGGGAUUUUUGCCUUUUGGUUUACUGUAUCACAGGAUGGUAGCAUCCAUAAAUUGCAAAAUGAUAUUGCAAAAACUGUAAAUCUAGAUCUUUCAAAAGAGAAUGAUGAAAGAAAAAGAGCAGCCAAACUAGCAGAUGCUUUGACAAGAAGAAAUAAUUGUGUACUAGUUUUAGAUGAUGUAUGGAAUCAUUUUCUUUUUGAGAAUGUGGGAAUUCCGGUUGGUGUAGGAUGUAAGGUGAUUUUGACAAGUCGAUCAUUAGAGGUUUGUAGAAGGAUGGAUUGCCAAGAGAAGAUUAAAGUGGAACCACUUUCUCAUGAAGAAUCUUGGGAAUUAUUUAUGGACAAACUUGGAUAUGGCACAGAACUUUCUUGUCAAAUCAAAGGAAUUGCCAAGUCUCUCGUAAAGGAAUGUGCUGGUUUGCCACUCGGAAUUAUUUCAAUGGCAGGAUGUAUGAGAGAAGUAGAUGACAUUUGUGAGUGGAGAAAUGCAUUGGUCGAGCUGAAAGAAUGUAAAGGAGGUCAUGAUGAUAUGAAAAGUGAGGUUUUUCAUGUACUAAGAUAUAGUUAUGACAAGUUGAAAGAUUAUCCAGAAAUUCAACAAUGUUUUCUAUAUUGCUCAUUGUAUCCUGAAGACUAUAAAAUUAGAAGAGAUCAGUUGAUAGAGUUUUUCAUUGAUGAGAGACUUAUUGAAAUGAAUGACAGGCAGGCUGAGUUAAACAGAGGGCACACUAUACUGAAUAAACUUGAAAAUGUUUGCUUGUUGGAAGGUGGAACAAAUUAUAUUGGACAAAAGUAUGUGAAACUGCAUGAUAUGGUAAGAGAUAUGGCAAUCCAAAUCGCAGAAACAAGUUCACCAUUUAUGGUAGAAGCUAGAGUGGGACUGAAAGAUUUACCAGAAGAAGAAAAAUGGAAAGAAGAUCUUGUGAGAGUUUCUUUGAUGCGCAACAACAUCUUAAACAUUCCUCCAACUGCAUCUCCAAGGUGUCCUAGACUUUUAACAUUUCUUCUUCGUGGGAACCGUAACAUAACUAGCAUACCAGACUGUUUGUUUGCACAUAUGAAUAGGCUCAAUGUUCUUGAUCUUUCCCAUACUAACAUUGAAACUCUGCCUGAUUCAAUCUCUGGCUUAAGGAGUCUCACUUGUUUACUGCUUAGAGAUUGUACAAGAUUGAAGUAUGUGCCUUCAUUGGUAAAACUUGAAGCGUUGAGGAGGUUGGACUUCUACAACACCGCAAUCACAGAACUGCCCCAUGGCAUGGAAAUGUUAGUCAAUCUGAGAUACCUCAAUCUUGACGCGAAAACUCUAAAGAUGAUACCUGAUGGUAUUUUUCUAAAACUUUCCCAUCUCCAAUAUCUUGUAGUUCAUGAGCUCAAUUUAUCUGCAGCAAAAGUCAGAGUACAGGAGAUACUUGGUUUGAGAAAGCUAGAAACUUUCAAAGGGCAGUUGCAUGACAUCAAUACCUUGAAUGCAUAUGUAAGAUCUCGGGAUGAUGGAGGCCCCAAUAACUAUCUGCUUCUAGUGGGACUUGGGCGCUUGAAAUCAAACUUUUUGUACGGUAAAGCUGUCUGCUUACAUCAGUGCAAUAUCAGCAAGAGCAUUGGAGGAGAAGACUUGCUUGAGCUCCCUAAAGAUGUCAUGUCCCUAUAUAUUCAACAAUGCCAUGAUGUAACAAGUUUAUGUGAUGUUUCAUCAUUGAAAAAGACAACUAAACUAAGGAAUUGUCUCAUUGAGGGUUCUAAUGGGAUGAAGCGACUGAUUUGUUCUUCUUCUUGCAGACUUAAGCUUUUAAGAACUCUCGAAUCAAUAUAUCUUACAGAUUUGAUGAAUUUAGAGGUUUUGAUUGGGACAGAUGGAGAUGCACCAUUAGUGAUCCGAAAAGGCACUUACUUUUCGUGUUUAAAAGAGUUUUCCAUAUUUGGAUGUCCAAAAGUAAAGAGUUUAUUCAUGCCUGCAUUGCUGUUGAACCUCCAAAACUUGGAAAAAUUGCAAGUUCAUAAUUGUGAGGAGAUGGUGGAGAUAAUAGCAGAUACUUCUGAAGAAGAUAAAGAUUGGGAAGCGACAAAUAUGAUCAUCAUAUCAAGUCUCCAUAAGUUAAAGGAUUUAAGGUUGGGGAACCUUCCAAAUUUGAAGAGCUUCUACAACACUAGGAUCAAAAUGUCUUCGGAUUCUCUCCGACACUUUACGGUGGUUAAUUGUCCAAAGCUAAAGAGGAUCCCUCUACUUGAUGCAGCAUCAUCUUCUCCUCCAUGUCUUCAAAAGGUAAGGGUGCAUAAAAAUUGGUGGGAAUCACUGGAAUGGGACCAUCCCAACACCAAGAAUGUUCUUCAACCGUUCUGUGAAUUUUUUAAAGAAAAGAAAGGCAAUUGUUCCUAAUAACUGUAAGCCGCUUAGAUUAUACAUUGGCCGGAUUUCCCUGUAAAGUUUUUUCCAUCCAUGCUUUUCGUUUAUGACUCAUUGGCUGGCAGUAAUUAGAAGAUGGAACCUUGUCAAAUGAUCAAUUGUAUUCUUAUGUUAUCUGAUAGAUAUAUAUAUUUUUUAAUAUUUUUUAUGGUCCCUCUGAUCCCAUUUUUCUUCAUUAUUCAUCUUUUCUGAUAUGAUUUAUUGCCAUGAACUAGGAUAUUGAUUGGCCAACUGAAGAUCUGUAAUUUUGAUGGACAUGCAUAAGUUUAACUCUUUCAUCUUUGAGAACCUGGCAAGUCUUUUGGUUAUGGAUAUUAAAU